GAGAGUCUACUGUAUUUAACCAUUGUCUAAAACCACAAGUCGGUAUCUCUUACCGUUUUCUCUUAAAAACGAUCGUAUUCAGUUUUAGUAUUUAACGUCUUGGGAAUCUAUUCUAUUUCGUGUUUUCUCCUUAUUCUAGAUCCUCUCUGAAUAUUUUUUUUUGUUUAUCAUGUCAAUUACAAUAGUUGUGGCAUAAGAAUCUCACCUAAAAGUUGUGAUUUUAUUUGGGGUACAAUAUUCGCUAAGCUUUGAUAAGUUUCAUGAAACAUGAAUGAAACAAAUCACUAAUUAAGAUGAUUUAUGAUUCAAUUUUUGGGCAACUUUCUCAUGAAAUCCAAACACAGAAUCACCCUAAGCAACGGAUAUACUAUCAAUGUUCAGCGAUUGAAGAGAAAAAUAACAGCAACUGAUCUUAUGGGAUUUAACAAUACGGGAAAUAUUUGUUUGUGGCCUAGUGAAGAAGCUCUCUCAUGCUAUGUGCUUGAGAAUCUUCGUGAUUUUCAUGGGAAGUGGAUUCUGGAAUUGGGAGGUGGAAUGACCUGCUUAGCAGGACUUGUGGUAGCUAAAUAUGGCAAUCCCUAUGGUGUACACCUCACAGAUGGCAAUUCUGUGUCUGUGGACAAUGUUCGGAGAUCCCUGCGCCUCAAUCCGACAAUAAAUUGUUGCGUAAAGUGCUCAAAUAUCCCCUGGGAGCGCUCUAGGGAACUCUGUCCGGGUGAUGAGGGCAAAUUUGAUUUCAUCUUCUCGGCGGAUUGUGUCUUUUUUGACGAUGCCCGUGCAUCACUUGUCGAUGCCAUUGACUAUUUUCUGGCUGUAGAGGGAAUUGCCCUUGUUGUGGCUCCAAAAAGGGGUCAUACACUGGAUUUAUUUGCCACUGACGCCACUUCCAGGGGAUUAAAGUGCCGACAAAUACAGAAAUACAGUGAAAGAGUGUGGAUGAAACACUUGGAGUUGAUGAUGACAAAACACUACCGUGAAGACUUGCACUAUCCCAUUCUGGUUCUAGUUACUAAAAUUUAGAGCUUGUUCCCACGAUUUGCAAUGCAUUCCAACCAUUCCAACUAUUUAUGGGCUGACUAUUGGAAGUCUAAUGAUAGGAAAUUCUGUGAUUUCUGCAAAUGCUGGAUUGCGGACAAUAAGCCCAGUAUCCAAUUUCAUGAGAAUGGGCGUCGACACAAAGCCAAUGUUGAGAAGAGAAUCUCGGAAAUUAGCAAGAAGGCGGCAAAAGAUGAGAAAAAUCGAAAGAAGAUGGAUAUUGAGUUGAAGAAGAUGGAAGAAGCUGCAAUGGCAGCUUAUGCUCAGGAUAUCAGUCGUAAUGCUGAUAUGACAUCACAGAAUAUCAAUAGGACUCUGAGGGAGGCUGGGGUACAGCUUGAUGGGGCUGGAGCUUCAACGUCAAGGGCAGAGGAAGUGCCGGCUGUUGUUGAGAGGAGAAAACCUGUAGAUCCACUUUUGCCACCAAUUGAUCCGCAAGAAUUGGCAUUUAUUCAAGCUCAGAAAGCUGCAGCUGCACAAAAGGAUUCAGAUGUUAUUGAGCCCAAGGAUCCAACGCUGUGGUGUGAAGCUCAGACUCCAGAAGGAUACACAUACUACUGGAAUGUGAAGACAAAUGAGUCCGUCUGGGAGGCACCCAAGGAGGGUUAUCUGACCUUGGCUGAGUACAAUAAAAUCAACGAAGAGGCACUGAAAAAGCAAGAGCUGGAGGCGGCCAAAGAGAUCCAAAUGCAUCGAGACAUGGCCGAUGAGUUUGUUGCCAAAAACAAACGAGAACGUCUGAAGCAGCGUCGGGUGCAGACAGCCGAUGCUGAUGAGAGCAUCAAGGGCAAAUGGGAGAAGCAGGAAGAGUACCAGGCAGUGGAUACUUAUGUUUCACCCGGUGCUGGCCCAUAUGGAAAAUGGGAAACAGUUGCGAAAACAGAGGAGAAGCAUGUGGAUCUACAGCUGCCGAAAGUAACACCUGCGUACAUCCCGCCAGUGGUGGAGCAGCCAAUUCCAGAGCCAGUGAGGACAUUCAAAGAGAAAGUUACAAAAUUGGAUGAUGCAACAUCAUCGAGUAUUCCUGGUUUCUUCAAGAAACGCAAGAUUCAGCCAAUGAAUAGGAAAAAUGCCCGCCAGAGAUUAGACGAUGAUUAAGGAAUAAAGUUUUAAAGAGA